AUGAACCGUGGAUUCGUAUAUUCUCCGUCGGUGGCCGUUAUUCUAGCGCUGUCUGCCGCCGUACAUUACGCGUGCGGACAGUGCUGGGACACGGGUUGUCAACCGGAAUCGUGGUUGGUCAAGGGCUGCGAGCAGUACGGCGGAAUGAAGGAGAUAAAGCGCACGCCGUGCACCGGUGGCAAUGUGUAUUCAUGCUGUCACCAACGUAAUUCGGUCGACUCGUCGCGCGCGGUGCAACUGAAAAAUAUCGGAGACCUAACCUAUUACAACUUAGGGUUGACGGCGUGCGGCCAAGUGUACGCCAACAACGACAUGGUUGCGGCUAUAGCGUUCGGUCAUUUCAAGACGGCGAAUCCAAAUUUUGAUCCCAUGUGCGGAAAACAGGUGAAAAUAGUCGACCCCGGGACGUCGAAAUCGAUCGUUGUGACGGUGAGAGACAAAUGCGAAGGCUGCAAGAUGAAUGACAUAGAUGUGUCUCCGACUGCGUUUGAAAAACUUAAACCGAAAGCUGUCGGCAGAUUCAAAGUUUCUUGGGAUUUUAUUUGAUACGCGUGUUAUGUCGUGUUUACGGUAAAAGUAAUAGCAGUUCGGACUAUCCCUACUGCUACUCUUUGCGGUUUAAG